UUGUGAAAAACGUUUUAAAUUAGCGAAAGCAAUAGCUACAAGACUUUAACCUAGACCAGCCUAUAAAUUGGAACCUGCCAUUGAUGCAACUGAUCAUCAUUCAGUUCUAGUAGUUUUUUGCAUAUUUCUCGUUAAACUUCAAAAAUAUUAUAAACGAACCGAGGCAUUUAUUUAUAUUCAUAAUUUCGUAUGGCUAAGCAGUAUACCGAGGAGCUCAUUUCAGGGCUGAAGAAGCAUCUCAGUGACAAAGAGGAGCAAGACGAUAGCUGCCAGAAGCUACCACUUGAAUUGCUAGGGGGAGAACCCAACGCUUGCUAUGACCCAGUUGAAAGUAUUAAAAAUGGGUUCAUUCGCUUCAAAACCUGCAAAUUUGACAAAUACCCGGAAUAUUUUCAAGAACUUGCUAAAGACCAGCAUCCUAAGUUUCUAGUAUUUGCGUGCUCAGACUCCCGAGUCAGCCCCUCUCAUGUCUUGGAUUUUCAACCAGGCGAAGCCUUCAUGGUCCGCAACAUCGCUAACCUGGUUCCUCAUUUUGAUCAGUUAAGAUACUCAGGGGUCGGUGCAACCAUUGAAUAUGCUGUUUCAAAUCUUAAGGUUGAAAAUAUCUUGGUGAUUGGGCACAGUCGCUGUGGUGGGAUCGAGAGGCUUAUGUCCUUUCCAGAGAAUGGUUCUGCUCCUUAUGAUUUCAUUGAUGAAUGGAUGAAAAUUGCAUUACCUGCAAAGCUCAAAGUCAAAGCAGAGCAUAACUGCCUAUCACUUGAAGAACAAAUUCCACUUUGUGAAAGGGAAGCUGUGAAUUUGUCAUUGGUGAACCUGCUUACUUAUCCGUACGUUCAAAAGGCUGUGGCGAACAAAACUUUAGCGUUGAGGGGUGGAUAUUAUGAUUUUGUUAAGGGAAAGUUUGAGCUUUGGCAAUUGAGCCCAGAAGUCACUCCUGUUAUCAUCAUAUGAUUAUCAAGUCUCUCUCUGUCUUUGUCAUAUAUUACUGGGUUUCCGGGGUCAUGAAUCAUGAUGAUUUAAAUGGUCCCUUAAGUCGUUUUAGUUCAAAGUUUGUGUUGCUUUUGGCUUUUAUAUGUUAAUAAUCAUUUGCUAAUGAAUGAAAUGGAGCAACUUCACGUCGGCUCGUUCUUCAUAUUUCUACCUGUAAUAAUAGAAGAUACUUGUUUCUUAUCUGUCA